AUGAAAAUCGCCGUAGAAGGAUGCUGUCAUGGAGAAUUAGACCGUAUCUACGAUGCGAUCUUGGAGGAAGAAAGGAUCUCUCAGCAACCUGUAGAUCUCGUGCUCUUAUGUGGGGAUAUUCAGGCGCUUCGCAACGAGGGCGACUUAGCUAGCUUGGCUGUACCCACCAAGUAUCAACGUCUCGGUGAUUUUCACAAGUAUUACGCGGGCGAAAAAGUGGCGCCCAUACUAACGCUCGUCAUCGGCGGGAACCAUGAGGCAAGCAACUAUAUGUGGGAAUUAUUUUAUGGCGGCUGGAUCGCUCCAAACAUAUAUUAUAUGGGUGCUGCAGGCUGCGUAGAAGUCAAUGGCAUCCCUAUUGCAGCAGCCUCGGGUAUCUUCAAAAACGAUGACUAUCAACGUGGCCGCUUUGAGCGACAGCCUUUCUCUGCGGGUGAUAUGCGCAGUAUAUACCAUACACGGCAGUUUGAGAUUACCAAACUUGCUAUGCUAUCACGGCCCACGGUUUUUAUGUCACACGACUGGCCAAACGGCGUCGAACAAUACGGCGAUGUACAGGCACUAUUACGUGCCAAGCCCUUUUUCCGCGAAGAAGUAUACUCUUCAUCGCUUGGCUCUCCGCCAUUACAGAUGCUAUUGAAUGAAUUACAGCCACGUUAUUGGUUCUCGGCGCAUCUUCACGUCGAAUUUGCGGCACAUGUGGUGCAUGGUGUUAUGCCCCAAGCAUCUCAUGCCAGCAUUUCUGACAAUCCGGAAGCAAUAAACGUGGAUGAUGACUCGGACGAGGAGCUGCCUCCUACCCCUAGCGUAGUGCAGCCCCAAUCCAUCACAGACUUUUUAGCCCUAGGGAAAUGCACAUCCAAGGGCGGAUACCUUCAUGUACGUACAGAGCGUAACUCAUUCCAGUUCUUUGAAAUACCUACAUCCACAGAUACCCUGACGCAGGGUCGUCGAGAAGUUUCACUGACGUAUCAUAAACCCUGGUUGGCAAUUACACAAGCAUUGGAUCCCUAUUUCUCUUUCCAUCGCACACAAAAACCACUGCCAUUGCCUACCGAUCCGAACCUGCAAAAUGCCGUCCACGAAGCUAUGCAGAAGAUAGACGCGCAGUUGGCCACAGCAGAGGGGAAUCCCUUGGAUAUUCGGAUAGCGCAACCAUUUACUCGUACUGCGCCGACGCAGAGCGAGUAUGCGCAGCAAAGCAGAAAGUCUAUUCGUACGUUUUUGUGCAAAAACCUAUUGACAUUAGACCCUUACAAGAACCCGCAAACAGAGGCGUUCUGUCAGCUGGCAGGAAUUCCCAACCGCAUAAACUCUUUCGUCACGAAGCAGUCGACGCGCCCCAAUUCUAUGAGCUCUAGCGCCCAGUGCGUUGCGACUCCAGCGGCGGAAACGCAAAACGAAAUACGCUUAAUUCAUGCUGUAGGCUCGCAGUUGAAGCGUAAACGUGACUAA